AUGAGGGCCAACAAUUCCUCUCGUGGGUUGAGCAGUCCCUGUUCGACGAACGAUGGAAUCUCGCCCAAUGGAUCCCCCGAUACCAAGCUUACAGCCUUCUCACCCGAGGAUGUACGAUCUAAAGGUCGUCCUGAAACCGAUGUUGCUAGCUCCCUCGGCGACGCCGGAUUCCGCACGCUGUACACAGUGCACCCAGCCGAUCCAUUUUUGGUGCCUCUAAACACCUCUAAUCGCGUGCAGCUGUCCCCAACCGCAGCAAGCUUCACCCCUAUUGGGCUAGCCGGCAGUGCUGCGAGUGACAUCCAAGUUCGCGGCCGUUCGAAUAUCGGCUCCUUGAACGCUCAAGCUAAUGUUGAAAUCCGCGGAGCCAGAAGCGGACCCGGGGAAGUAUAUGAGCAGGGCCUACCGAAUUAUGGGCCUAUUGGUCGUGCUCCAAUCGCUCAAAAAGGCUGUCCAGCUGGCAUUUUCGCUGGAAAAUUUGACAACGACAAACGCAGCCGCGCAUUUGUUAUCGAAAAUGUUCCGGCUAGUCUUAACUUCAUGUCUUUGGCCGGUUUCUUCAAUCGUCGGGAGUUUGCAACUCUCAGAGGACCGGUUCUUAAUGAACUCAGCUCUUUGGGCAAAGUGUAUGUUGCAUUUGCAGAUAGUCGUGAGGCGAAGAAGGCAAUUGAGAAGAUUCGCCUUCUUAGGCCUGAAUGGCGCGUUUUCCCACUUACUGCGAAGGAAUAUGUGCAGCAUUCCGAGCCAUCUCUUCUCCAGCAGACAUCGGAUUAUGAAGGGCAUUUGCUUGUGUCUGUGUACUACGACAGCCGAAAUCCCACUUUCAACUCACAUGCUGUAGCGCGCUCCUUACAAACACUUGCGACGACGUUUGGGGACCUUAAGGCAUUCGAUCUACUUCCCAGGGGACAGGACAAUGUCAGCGAGUUCCACCUCGAGUUCUAUAACACGCGUGAUGCUGACAAUGCAAUGGUGACACUAAAUGGCACCACAGUUGAUGAUUGUAUUCUGGAGAUUGCUCUGUUCAAGCCCGACGUUACCGAAGACAAACCAUUCAACGUUCUGCCUACCCCAUGUCCAGUGAAGGAUGGAGGUUCACGCUAUGGUACUUCAUACCAAAGAAGCUCGCCGUCUGCCCCAACACGCCCGUUCAGAACGCCUUAUAUGGAGCUUAGCCCCACUGGCCGCUCUACUGUGCCUUCAGGAGAGCACGCCGGCCUUAUGGAUUGGAUGUCCAGUGCAGGAGAGAAAACCUUGCACUCUCCUCGGCGCGAGAUCAGUCGUUAUCCUGAUGCCCGUGUUAUUAGCCAGAAUGCCGUUGAUAUCGAAAGGAUCCGUCUCGGCUUAGAUGUCAGAACAACUAUCAUGCUCCGCAAUAUCCCGAAUAAAAUCGAUCAAACUAUGCUCAAGACGAUCGUUGACGAGACCAGCCACGGGAAGUACGACUUCAUGUAUUUGCGUAUUGGUAAGAAGGAGCACUCUUGGUUUAAUUUCAAGAUGAAGCUAACUCUCAGCCUUCUAGACUUUGCGAACAACUGCAACGUCGGAUAUGCUUUUAUCAAUUUCGAAGACCCCAUUGAUAUAAUCGAUUUUGUGAAAACGCGAGCUGGGCGUUCCUGGAACUGCUUUAACAGUGACAAAGUCGCGGAAGUAUCGUAUGCUACGAUUCAAGGCAAAGAUUGCCUUAUACAGAAAUUCCGAAAUAGUUCGGUCAUGUUGGAACAUCCAUCGUUUCGUCCAAAGAUUUUCCACACCGGCACUGGGCCUCUUGCUGGCACAGAAGACCGUUUUCCCGGACCGGACAAUCCUUCAAAGAUGCGUCGCAGCAUCGAAAAUGCUGAACACAUUGGAUUAUUCGCACCCCGUGUCGGACAGCAAUAUCGGGACGAACAACGUCGACGCCGUUCACAAUUCGAUCGUGGGACUACCGCUGCUGAACGAGAGAUUGUAUAUGUCCAGACAAUUGCUUCACAUCCCUUUGGUGUUAAUAAUGGCCUGAGAAGUGCUCCCUGCACUUAUCCUACAACCAUAUGGUACGAUCCGAUGAUCUCUGCACGCGGUCCAAGAACGUCCUAG